AUGCGAUUAUCGAUAAUGAAAAAGUAUCUUUGGACCCGAAACCUACGCAGUGCGAACGCCAGCUUAUGUUCUCCGUGCGAGAAAUGUAAAACUGAUAAUUUCAAACAACUUGUUAAAGCAAUUAGGAACAAAGAGCUCAGAGUGGUUGUGCAGAACAAUAUUCCGCCGUAUGUGAUAUUCAUGAAUCAGGGUCACUCAGCACAAUUGACUGGAUAUCUAGGAGAGCUUUGGAAGAUGGUGGAAGAAGCAUACGAUUUCAGGAGUGUCUAUCAACUGAUCAAUUACACUCAAGGAUGUGAGAUUUUAUCAAGCGGUAAGGCAGAUAUAAUGCUUUCUCCUGUUGCUAUAACUACGAGUGAAUUGGAUCAAUUCCAUUUUGCCUUGACCUACACAUCUUCUUACUACCAGCUAUAUGUGAAAAAUCAAGGCGCCAGGGCGAAUUCACAUUUUUAUGUAUACACAUGGGACAGUGGCCUAUGGUGUGCAUUUCUUUUGACUCUCAUUGUAAUGACAAUAUUUAUCUGGCUCAUCUCUAUUUUCAGGGAGAGGAAUGAUUUAGAAUCGGUUGGUUUGAUGUCUCAAUCGCUCCAUGAAUUGGCUGCAGACUUGAAAGUGAACUUGGAUACUCGGGCCACAUCAUUGAGCAUUUCAAAUUCAUUUUUCUGCGUACUCGGAGCGGUCACAUUGCAAGGUUAA